AUGGGAUCCCCUCCACUUUGGCCAGCGGAACUGGCACUGCCACAGGUGCUGCCCAAUAAUUGUAAGAAAUCGGUCCCGAGCUCGCACUUUGGAACUCCCUGCCACUUGAUAUUGGGCAUGCGCCGCCGCCCUACCCUUCCAGCUCCUGCUAAAAAAAUUCUUGCUUCAGAAGCCGAUGUGAGUUUUAAUCAGUUUUUAGGACUCUCUCGGACUUGUGAUUUGGGGGGGGGGGGUAGGGUUGAAAGGAGUCUCUGCCUGCCAUUAAACCUCUGUGGGGUUUUUUGUAAGUGGUUUGGGGACUGGAUCCUAUGGGGAAAUAUUUCGCUUGGGCGAAAUCUGCCUGUACUUUUACGUGCAGAACUCUGUUCAAACCACUAG